AGAGGAGCUUCCUGAUCGUCUCCAGCAGGGCCAUGAAUGAAAUCCAGGCUGGGAAACCCGCCGGAGCCGCGCUGAAGCAAACUUUCACCUGCGCGCAGUGCGGAGCGACUUUCUCCAAACAGUGGAGGCUGAAGGAGCAUGAAACAGCGCACACCGGAGCGCGUCCGUGUUUGUGCGCAGUCGCUGGCUGCGGGCGCCGUUUCUCCAGAAAAGCGCAUCUGAGCCGCCACAUGCUGCAGCACAGAGGCAUCAAGCAGUUCAAGUGUAAGUUCUCCACCUGCGCAAAGAGCUUCCUGAACGCAGGGAAGCUGAAGCGUCACGUGCGUUACGCUCAUGGAGACAAGGACAAGUACUUCAAGUGCCAGCAGCCAAAUUGCUCCUUGACCUUCAGGAAGCGCAGAUUGUUUAAGUUGCAUCUACAACAGCAUGGAGAGUCUCCGAAUUUCAAGUGUUCGAAGGAUGGAUGUGGAGCCUCAUUCGACUCCCACGUCGCCCGUAAAGCCCACGAGAAGAAGCAUGCAGGUUACUGUUGUCCUCAUGCUGACUGUCAGGUAAUAGAACUCACCUGGGGGAAGCUGCAGAAGCACCUGGCCAAACACCCAGUGUCCCGUCCAUGCCAAGUGUGUAAGAAGGAGUUUAAGAAGGUGGAUUCUCUGCGCAGACACAAGCGGAUCCAUUCGUCUCAUAAGCCGGUGCUGGUUUGUCCCAGAGACGACUGUAAGGCGUAUUUCUCCACCACCUUCAACCUGCAGCAUCACAUCCGCAAAGUUCACCUGGAGCUGCUCAAGUACAGGUGUCCCUUCGCUGACUGCCCCCGCAUGUUCGCCAUGAGGGAGAGUCUGAGCAGACAUCUGAUCCGUCAUGAUCCCGGCGCUGUCAGCCUGAAGAAACGUCAGCGUCCGAAGAAGUGGUGGCAGCGGCGUCUGAACGGACACCAGCUUCCCCUCGUGGAGGAAAACCUGAACCGACUCUUCGCCUUACGGAUGAGACUCUCCAGGAAAACCAAAGUGGAGACGAACCUGUCGGGUCUGUUUAACGAGCGCAAGAUUCCUCAUUACGUGGACCCGGAGGUGAACCUGCAAAGCCUGUUCACCAUCAGACGUCCAGCAGAGAAACCUGAAGCUGCAGCUGUGAAGGUGAAAUAAAAGAGUUUUCUUUAAUAUUUAGGAAGAAAUGAAAAUUGGGUCUUUUGAGUUCAGUUUUUUUAAUGUAGCUUCAUACAUUAAAUGGUAAAAAUGUGACUUUGGACACCGAUUUGUUUUCUAAAGACUACAGGUCUUGACUGGAGUGUUUGUUUUGUGACUUUGUCGACCCAAUAAAAUGAUUUAUCCUUUCUGCUCAG